AAUGUAUAGCUGAUAGAAAGUUGUAUUAACAGUUUCCCACAAACCAUGUAGGGGACACAGAAAACAUGUGGAAGAAGGUCAUAUAAAUCAAAAUUGGGGCAAAGCAUGGAUCAGCAGAAGAGCACACACAUAUAGAGCCUAUCGUCCUCGACACAUCUGUCUCGGGUUUGAUUCCCAUCCCUGCAUUUACUGCAAGUCUUCCCCUUCUUUCUCUUUCCUUCUUCCUGUCAAGCUACUGAUAAAUAAAGGCCACUAGUGCCAAAAAGAAAUACAUUUAAUAAAAAACAAAAUCGAACUCAAGUGCAAUUUGCCAUCAGUGGGGGAAACUAACACUGGCGCAUGACUAUGAACACACCAUCCGCACAGUUAAACAUGUUGGUGGCACUAUCAUGCUGUGGGAAUGCUUUUCUUAUGCAGGGACAUUGAGGUCUGCCAGGGUAAAAAUGAAAAUGGAUGAAGGUGAACAUAGAAAAAACCUUGGGGGAAAAAGAUGUCAGGGGCUGCAAAAGACUUGAGACUGGUAUGGAUGUUUACCUUCUAGCAGAACAAUAACAUUGACUAUACAGUCUGAGCUAUAGGUGAAUGGUUUAUAUCUGUGGUGUCUGCAGUCAGUCCUCAAGGGCAACCGUCUUCCAUAUUCUGUGUUUUGCCUUGAUUCCAGACAUCUAAAUCAAAUAAAUGGCCAAUUUCCUGGCCUCUGCUGAACUUGAAGAGGUCAUUUAGGUAUUCAACUGAGUUGGAGCAAGGACACAGCUAAAAGAUGCAGGGAACUAUCCUUUGGGGAGGUGGACACCCCUAGUUUAGAUCAAGCAUAUUCGUGUGUUAGAAUGGCCCAGACCUAAAUCCCAACUUUCUACAUCCAAUCCGACUGAGCUGGAGAUUUUUUGUAUAUUAGGGAAAAAUGCCAGUCUAUAGAUGUGCAAAGCUGAUAGACAUACCCCCAAAGACUGUACAUGGACCUUGUAUUGUUCUCCUUUGUAUAAUACCUGAUUUUGUAUUUGUUCUUGAGGUUUAUGAAACUUUUGCAUCUUCUGCAGUUCCAAAUUUUCUGUCCUCCCAUUAUGGUUUCCCAGAUGUUGUCUUCUGUAUAAAUCUGGUCAUUUCUAUGAAACAUGUCAUUAUUUGGGUCAAUGUCUAAAUGGAAACGAAUGUAAUAAAAGCCUUGCGACCAAAAGAGAUGUGGUUUUUGAGAUUAUUUCUGGCAGGUCUGAUUACUUGUAGAUGUUGUUGGCCAUUGUGACAUUUAUAACAUAAAACAGUUUUAAUCAUAUACAAUAUUUCGGGCGUUUGUCCUAUGCCUGAUACUGCAAAUCCGUUUGGUGGAAAUUCUACACAGUGACAUUGUACAUAAAUAUACAGUAACACCAGAGCUGUUGAGUUUCAAAUAUGUUGAAAGUUUGGAUGCACUUGCUGCCAUCUAGCGGCCGAUGAUUGUUGCAACAGUAUCUUGCAAACAAGAUACACCUGUUGAACUGUUGUUUAUAACCGUUUUAAUUAAUGGCUGCAUCCUCACUUUUGUCACAUUCAUAUGAAUAACAGUUUUCAUCCACGGCGAUGGAGAUGCAUGUGAUGAACAUGUGUGUGAAUUUCCCUGAUUAAACUUAAAGUAAUCCUCACUGAUUGGAACAUCAAAGCACCUGAGUAACCUUAGACUGGCUGAAGAGCCAACGGAGAUUUGCGUUUCUUUAAAUUUACCCGCAAUGCGUUCGGGAAUGAAAUGUCGCAAAUACGUCAGAGCUCCCCACAAAAUCUGACUGAAAGUUACCCUGUGACAAAUCUGACUUUAGCUGUCCUCCUGCUCAUUCCCUGUGUUGUCAUUCUCCUCCUGCUGAAUUGCUUCUUUCUGGGCUACAAGAUCUUGGUCCUGUCAAAGAAGACCAGCAGACAGAGGCGAGAAGACACGGAGGAGAUGCUCCUGCGGUCCACCCUGUCGAGACUCAGACUAUCCGACGUGGCCUUUUCCCCGCUGCGGGACGGAAGGGCAGCCUACAUGUCCCUUUCGGAGCCCGUCCUUGCCCAUCCCGUUACUUCUUCAAGAGCGUCGUCCAGAGACGGGGCCGGGCUGACUCACAGGAUCCGGCUGCUGAGGCCCGACGGUGCGACCGCCUCAGGGUCCCUGAGGGCGCCGAGAACCAGGCGUGCAGCGUCCUCCGCGCAGGGCUUCACCCCAAAGCUCCACAUUCUUCCCAGCUCACGGACUUACAGCAUCAGUAAGCCGGACUGGUGUCGGAGUGCACCGGUUGCACUGCAGUCCAGCGAUUCAGAGGCUGAAACCAGAGUCAACUUGGUUCCGCCAAACUCUCCAAUGGAAACGGAGCAUUUGGAUCACAUUCGUCGCAGCAGUACUUUGGAGAGGUUGACAGAAGUGAACGCAGUAACUCUUGUGCAUCCGUACGACAAGCUGGUCAUGGAGUGUGAACACAUCAACCCAACGUCGGAGGCAUCCAGUCUGAAUAUGUCCACUGUGGGUCCUGGACUGGACAGCGAUUUUGGAGCAAGUGCAGGUGUCUCCCUGCGCAUUUUGUCAGCAGAUAGUGACGGGCUGUCCAACGGACUGCUGUCCUCAGCGCUGGAGUGGGAUUAUUAUGAUCCUUGUUACGUCAGACAGAACAAUAUACCCAAACAUGAUCACCACAGGCCUGUGAUGCACACAAAACAGUACUGGGUGUAGUUAAUUGUUGUAUUAAUGUAAGUUUUACAUGGUUAAUCUAAAUGGCAUACCGGUAUGCAUGUUUUAAUUUUGUGUUUUUGUCUUAAAAGUAAUCACUUCAUUUAAACAUGUUUCCUUGUACACCUCACUCUGCCACUAACUCUGUUCAUAAUGUGUUACAUUAACACAUGGCCUUCACUUAAGUUACUAUUGUUUAAUCAGCAUCCUUUAGUCGUCUUUUGAAAAGACUGUCACUAUUUUCAUUGUUUUCACUACUUCUAGUUGUUGAGUUGGCUUUAAGCUUCACACUUUUUUGCUUCACAUAGUUCGUUUCACUGUGAUAGAGGUUGGUAUUCAACAAUUUAUAAAGGCUUAAGAAUUUAAUAAAGAGUUAUAUUUUAAUAAAGUGAUACUAUAGUAUACUAUAUAUGUUUAUUCAGAAACUGCGGUCUAAAGUCCAGUGUGAAAGUUUCACCGUAGGUGAUGAUUUAGAGUGCCAUGUUAUCAACAGUGUUAUCUGAUGUCCACAACCAACGCAGCCAUCUACCAGGACAUUUCUGAGCACUUCAUGAUGCUGAUUUCAUUUUCCGGCAGGACUUGGAAACCUAUCUAGAGUCCCAAAUGUGCCAAAAGCUGGUUUAAUGACCAAGGUGUUGCUGUGCUUUAUUGGCCUCUAUGCCAUGCUGCAUUGAUGCAGUAAUUUAUGCAAAAGGAGCCCCAACCAAGAAUGGAGUGCGUAGAAAUUAACAUACUUCUCAGACGCCUGACAUUUCUGUUUAAAAAAUAAUUUCUUAUUGAUCUUCUGUAAUAUUAUAUCUUAGACACUGGACUUUGGGUUUUCAUUAUCUGUAAGCCAUAAUUAUCAUGAGAAAUAAAGGCUUGAAAUUUUUCACAUUG